GUUUUCUUCCCAAGGCCAGUUAAACAAGCACUGUGCCUGUAGAAGACAGGGGGAAAAAAACCUGUCGUGAAUAAAAGUAACUACCCCAGUCUGUUAAAGAUUAAUGUAGUGGAGCUUCCAUCUUUGUCUUGGGCUGCAAAAAUGGUGGCUGAAUUAUUAAUUUACCAAAUUAGAAUAAGUGAAACCACGGAACUCUAGAGUGUGGUGAAGGGGCAUAAACCAAAAUAAAGCUUCCUUAGUGGGAUUGAAGAGUUUUUUUUUUAUACUGAAGCAAACUUAGGAAAAAAAUCAAUGAUGUACAAAUUACUUUUUUGCACAAAAACUUUGCUCUGUUUUGUUGCGUUUUAGGUGAUUGAUUCUGCACCCACACUUCAGUUCUUUUUCCCUUGAAGUAACAGUGAGGUCUUCAUCCCUUAACCUCUGACAGUGGAAAUCGAGCACUCAUGUGGCUGCAAGAGAAGAUGCACUAGGAAGGAACAAAGCCCUCCUUAGACUAUGAAUUAGCAAAAACAGGAAUGAAAGCAAUUGCGUAAUCUAUUAUUUGGUUUUUAAUUCCACUUUCUUUCUUUUAGUGUGGCCUCCCAUUCUGCACUGGGUUUGGUUUUUAUUCAAAUACAGUAUUUCUCUGAAGGGCAGGUUUUCUUUGAGAUGCUACUUCCAAAGUUUUGCUAGUAAAAAAAAAAAAAUCGGAGGCAAAAUUGGAUUGAGGCAUUUGUUUCUGAAAACAGCGAAGGGCUUUAGGAUCUCUGAAGUUCAGUGGCAUGUAUUGUAUUCAUAUAUUGUCGGAAUGAAAUGCUACUUUUUAAAAAGUCAGAUCUUACAGGCUGUCUUCCAAGUAAAUGAUUUCCAUAGGAAAUAUAUUUUAAAUAUUAUUUAAAUAUUUACUACUAUUUAAAACGAUUUUAAAACAGAAGAGCUAAUACUAUGGUCACAAAAUGUCAGUGUGUCAUCAACCAUUUCUUAUUUCGUUGCCAAGCACUUGACAUUUGGUCUCUCUUUUACCCUGUUACAUUACCUGUGCAUUAUAGAAUGCACAUCCUGCCAUAUUUUAUUGUUUAAGCUAAUAUGAACAUGUCAUUGGUAAUAAAUGCAUGUUUUCCUGCAUAUCUGCUCUACAUAUGGCAAAAAUGAAGCUAGGGCUAAUUAAGAGACACUUUAUGCAUUCUUAGUCCAGAUUUUCAGGUGGUCCAUAAUACAAUGUAUGGAAAUGUGAAAAAGGACAGUUUUGUACCAUUCAUGAUGUUAUUUACUGAACCCAUUAAAGUGAAAACACUUUUUAAACAAAAACCUUAUAAUGCUUAGUCAUUUAUUGUUACAGUAUCAAGCCUCGGAAAGUUAGAUUGUUGGAAACAAAUUGGCAGUUUAGAUUACUUUUUCUGACUGCAGUGUGGAGAAGAACAGUUCCAGGGUUUGGGGUUGUUUUUCCACUAUAUUGCAUGAAUUGAGCAUGUCUGGUUGAUCUGGGAUUUUUCCAGUUACGGGUUCUGAAUGUUCUGAAUUAAUUUUCACAAUGUAUUUGCCAGGUCUUAAACUGCUGGUGAUGAGUGAGGGUAAGAUAGAGAAUACUGCUGUAAUUCAAGUGGGUUUUACCUACAGUAUUUUCACUUGUUCUAUUUCUUGCUAAAUUAGAAUAUCAUCUCUAUGCAUCUGUGGGAAGAAAUGGUUACUCCAGAGAGUUUUGUUAUAUUUUUUCCCCCACGGGUGACAAUGAAUUACUCUGGAUAGUCUUAAAGCUGUUUUUCCUUCAGACAGAGGGCUGAAUCUCACGCUGUGAAUAUUGUCCAUAAGAUCUAUGGCUGGAGAACAAGGAGAAUCUGAAGGGCUGGAAUAUUUUCUUUUUUUUUUAAUGGCUCUCUGUAUAAGUUGCUUCCCAAACCAAGAUGAGUAUAAAGUGAGUCAUUUGCCCAUGAAGUUGAUUGUUGUUUUCUCAAAACAAAACAAAACAAAACAAAAACCACAACAAAACAAACAAACAAAAAACCACUUUGGGAAGCAAGUAGGCAGAAAAUGUCCUGUUGCAGGGUGGAAGCUGAAGAUUUUGAUACUGUGUUUCAGAUAUGUUAUAAUUUUAUGAAGGGUUGUUGUUGUUUUAUUUUUAAAAGUAAAAGCAAGGCAAGAAGCUGAAUGUACACACUUUUUAAAAGAGAGCAUCAGCUCCUGCUGUCAGCAGUUUGGGGAAAAUGAAGUACAGAAACGUGUCUUAAAAUUCUUUCUGUUUGAUCUCUCACAAGAAUACAGCACUAAAUACAGAGAACAAGGUGUUUAUAAAGGACAAAAAUAAAUGUGCAACGUCCAGCAACUUUGUUUAAACAGCCAGAGAGGUGGUUUGACCACAGUCAGUGGACUUUGUACUAAAGGAGUUGAAGAGAAUGCUCACGUGUUCUGGGAGAAUCCAAGUGUUGCAAUUCUGGAACCAACUGGUUUAAAAAAACCCCACCAACCAGGCUUUAGCUUGGCUCAGAAGCCGUUUGGAGCGACGUACGUCUGGAGCAGCAUUAUCGGCGCUCUCCAAACCCAAGUGGAAGUGAAGAAGCGCCGCCAGAACCUGAAGUGCUACCACGACUGCUUCAUUGGCUCGGAUGCUGUGGAUGUGGUGUUUGCCCAUCUCCUGCAGAACAAGUAUUUCGGGGAUGUGGACAUUUCCCGCGCCAAGGUGGUGCGCGUGUGCCAGGCGCUGAUGGACUACAAAGUGUUCGAGGCUGUUUCCACGAGGGUCUUCGGGAAGGACAAGCGCUCUGUGUUUGAGGACAGCAGCAGCAGCCUCUACAGGUUCACAAAUGCCUCGAGCCAAACAGAACUUGAUAAAGACUACCUGCAGUGCACCCCACAAAGACACGAAAAGAGCAUGUUGUUCCACUCCACUCCUGUCAAACCGGAAAACUUGGAGGAUCUUUGGGAAAACCUGAGUCUAAAGCCUGCAAAUACCCCUCAAGUAAACAUCUCGGAUAGUUUGUCCCGUCGAGUCAUUAAUGAAGUGUGGCAGGAGCAAACAAUCGCUCGGCUGCUGCAGCUGGUCGACCUUCCCCUCCUGGAGUCUCUGCUGGAGCACCAAGAGAUCAGACCUCAGCUCCCCCAGCCAAGGAAGGGAGCUGGGUAUGUCAUCACCAGCAACUACCUGGACAGAGAGAUUCUCAAGGCUUUCAGUGACUCGCAGACAGACGAAUGGCUCUCGGCAGCAAUAGAUUGCUUGGAAUACCUUCCGGAUCAUAUGGUGGUAGAUAUCAGCAGGAACUUGCCUGAUCAGCCAGAUCAGGCAGACACGUGGAAGCUGCUGCUGUUUGACAAUAUUGGUAGAUACUACAGCCAAAAAAAGGAGCCGCUGUUGAGCCACGCACCUGAAAUCCAUCUAGGAAUUGCAGAACUAUUAGUGAAUGGGAAGAUGGAGCAAUCUUUAGAAGCUCUUCAGCUGUAUUUGAAACUUCUGGACAGCCAAGUCAGGGAGGAGUUCAGGAGACUGUUGUACUUCAUGGCUGUUGCAGCACACAGUUCUGAGCUCAAACUGCAGAAGGAGAGUGACAACAGGAUGGUCGUGAAAAGAACAUUCUCCAAAGCUAUUAUCAACAAUAAAAACUUAUCCAGAGGGAAAACUGACCUCCUGAUCUUGUUCCUGGUGGACAACCAAAGAGAUGUGUUAAAGAUCCCAGGGACACUGCAUAAGAUGGUCAGCAACAAACUGCUGGCUCUGCAGAAAGGCCAGGAUCCCAGUAAGAUAACAGGCUACACCUUUUGCCAAAAGCUCGAUGAAAGAGAGUAUCGCUCCAAUACGGAGAAGACCACAAAAGAUGAGCUGUUGUCCCUGUUGAAAGCGAUUGAUGAAGACUCAAAGCUCUCUGACAAAGAGAGAAAGAGACUGCUAGAUCAGUUUCAUAGCAGCAAUCCAAGUAUUUUUAUGCAGUAUUUUGGAGAUAGAGUUACUAAUAUGUGUGUGUGAGGCUUUAAAUAUAGAUUACUUUGUAUACUCCAGCAUUGAAAACACUAAUAUAUUUGUAAAUUUUUGUAUUCAUGUAUUCUGCCUAAUAAAAUUAUUUUGUGGAAA